AUGGGUAAUACACCUAGUCAAGAAGCAUUCAAAGUCAAUGGAAGACCAUUGGCAGCAUACUAUGAUCAUGAAAAGGUUGGAACAACCGUUGUCACCAGGACAUCGUUUCUCUAUUACAAUGACAAGACACAUCAACUGGUGAAUACGGUUCAGUCAAAGAAACCAAUAAGUUAUGUCACCUAUAAUUUCGAUUUAGAUCUAUUGAUAACUGGAGAAGACGAUUUUGUCAUUCGUAUUUACAAGGCUUCAGAUGGAAGUUUCAUUGAAAGUUUACCACCUAGUGGUUGUACUAUACAAGAAUUGAAUUCACUGGCACACAACGAUCAUGUCAAAGUAAUAUUGUUUAUCGAUGAUAAACAUUUGUUGUCGGGAAGUACCGAUGGUUCCAUUAGAACUUGGAAUUUGGAGACCGGUGAAAUGACUUCGGUCUAUGUGGUCUCUGCUCCCGGACGUUCGGUGAUUACCGACGGUGCGGUGACAGGUGUCACUGCGUUGGUCUACGACGAGAAGAAUCAUUUGGUGAUUGCAGGUUGUGCUGACGGUAUCAUCCGUAAGUUCUCCGUUGAGACCAGAGCAGUGGUUGGAACUUUCGAGGGUCACAAUCGUGGUGCCAUCCUCAACUUGGUGCUCACCAACAACGGACAUCUCAUCUCCUCGUCAAUGGAUGAAACUAUUCGUGUCUGGAACGUUGAGACCACCGAAUUGGUUUGUGGAUCCUAUUUCUUUGCACAGGCAUUCCACUAUGAUUCACAUCGAGACAUCCUCUUUGGUGCCAGUGACAACGGAACUGUUGCUGUUAUUAAAAUAGAAAAUGAUCCAUCCGAUCAAUCAAAAUAUAGUUUAAAGAAAUUGAGUGUUUUAGAUUUCAAAUUGCCAGCACUUUUGAAUUUAUAUUAUAAUACCUAUGCAGAUUGUUUGACGGUUACAUCUAUAGAGUCAAAUAUUGGAUUCCUUCAAAAUGUAACUGCAAUUCCUCAUCAAAAUAUCAAUGUGAAGCGUGUAAGAGGUAGAACAUCUUCAAUUAAAAACAACCAACAGAAUCAUCAACAAAACCAACAGGACAACGAUAAUGAUAAUGGCGAUUCAGAUAGUGAAGAGGAUUUAAUAGAUAAUGAUCCAUUGUCAUCUGAACAAUUGGAAACAAUUUUGAAACAAUUGGCAGAGAUUGAAAGCAAUCCAUCUUUAAUCAAACAUUGGAGUAUCGAUACUCUGACAAACGAUCGUCUUAGCAAGUUGUCACAGUUGGGAUCGGACUUAUUCUUGGAGGACGAUGAAAUCAGUCAGAUCCGUUUGAAAAAGUAUAACGAUGGUAUCAACGAACUACAAAUGACUAGAUCAGAGUUGGAAGAAGAGUUUAGUGGAUCUGUUAGAUCUUUGCUUGGUUCACGUGCAAUGUUGUCGGCACUGCAUGUUGACACCGCUCGAAUGUCAAAGGAAAUGAAACUGUCACAGCAACGACAGGAACUAAUGGAUCGUCAUCGUCGUGAGUUGGAAGAGUUCCAACAGUAUUACGACAGAGAGAUGGAGCAGUUCGAACAACAACAACCGAUGCAAUCGAAUCGUGCAGCCAAGCAAUUCCUUCAACGCACAGCUGCCUAUGCACAAGCUCAAAACGACUUGGAACUCGCACUGAACGAACACAUCUCCACAUCGUUCCCAGUGAUCGCAUCGAAAUAUCACAUCGGUGGAAUCAUUUCAGAGUCUGCCACCAAUGUUUUCGGUGGAUUCGACGCACAUUCCUUGAAGUCCGUUGCCAUCAAGUUGAUGCCACCCGGUAUCACUUUGGCAGCUCAACAUCAACACAGACAUCUCACUCGUGUCAUUGAGACAACCUCCAGUCCACAGGCAUCGUACAUCGUCAUGGAGUCGUGCCGUAUGGAUCUGAGUGAGUUGGUCACCGAGUUUGAGAAUCACCUGCUCCCAAUCGACAUGGUGAAAACCAUCAUGUAUCAACUGCUCGAUGUUCUCUCCUACCUGCACUCCAACAAGAUGGUAAAGCGUGACCUCACUCCAUCGGCAGUGAUGGUUGGCGACGACAACAAAGUAAGAAUUACCCAUCUUGGCUUGAUGAAAGCACUGACCGGCCAAUUCGACAACGAAGUAACCGUCGAGGAAGGAGUACUCUACGGUGCACCCGAGCUAUUCUUACGCGUCAUUACAACGGAAUCUGACAUGUGGGCAGCCGGUUGUCUGUUGGUCUACCUUCUACAGAAUGAAGAGGAGAGAUUGCGUCCGUUGUUCGACGCACACGAUGUCAACUCAAUGAUUGCCUCGACUGUUCGCGUCAUCGGAAGACCUACUCACACCGAUGUCGAGUCGAUGAUUCGUCAGUGUACCUCCAUCGAUCAAGCCGGAAGAGAACUACUCAACUCUGCCAUUAACCAGCCUGUUCCACUCGAAGACACCAUCGACAUUCUCAAAAAGCAUAUCUCACGUACCGACAUUGAUAACGAUGCAUUCAACCUCAUUCAAAAGCUAUUAACAUUCGUACCUCAAAAUAGAAUAUCUGCACAACAAGCAUUAUCACAUCGUUUCUUUACCAAUAAUAAAUCAAUAUCAAAUAAUAAUAAUAGUAAUAAUAACAAUACAACUACAACAACAACAACUACAACAACUUCAACCACAUCAAACAAUCAACAACAAAAACAAACUUCGACUAUUACUACACCAACACAAACACCAACUUCAACAACAACAACUACUACUACAACCUCAACACCAAUUAUUCAACAAGAAGAGGUUGAGAAUGAAGUAGUUGUUGGAUCUACACCUGUUUUAAAGCCAACAAAUAAUAAUGAUGGUGUUUCACCAGAUACCAAAAUAACACCACCACCACCAAAUACGGUCAGUUUAGAGGAUGUAAGCAAUGUUGAAGUUGUUGCAGCUGCAGCUGUUUCAGAUGAUACUGUUGCUGAUACUGAUGCUGUUUCAGAUGUUAAUACUGAUACCCAAGUCGAAGAGAAUAACAAAGAAGAUGACGAUGAUGAAGUUACCAAAGCAAUUGAACAACUAUCAGCCACAGAGGAAUCUGAAGAACAAGCAUUACUGUUUGUAUACAAAAAAUAUUAUAUUUCAGUAGCUUACAUUGAUGAUAAUGAUUCAUAG